UUUUACCUACACUCUUCACCUUUUUAAUAACUUAUGUUAAUUACUUUGCAUGUCUUAAAACAUUUAAUAAGUUGUAUAAAAUACUCGCAGAUCAGUUCGAUUAUUGCAUUGGUAACGAAUAGAAGUUAUUAAUUAUGAUUAAGUUUAUCAUUCAAGUGACAUUUUUCUUCUGUUUGAUCUUUCAUUUCACAAAUGGAAGACCAGCUGAAUCUCAUAUUCAACCAGCGGAAGGACCAACUCGUGCAAAAUUUUUAUUAGAUGCUUUAAGUACCUUUACAAAUGCACAAAAAACUGCUGUCAGUGGCUCAAGAGCAGUUGGAGAAGGUAUAGAUGUAGCGCAAGAAAUUUUUGUUGAAAACACAAAUUCAAUUGUGGGAAAUGGUAAAAAUGCUAUUGAUACUGAUACAAAAGCAGUUGGAGAUUCAUUUAAAGCUGCAGCCGAUAUGGGUGGUCAAUUUGCAAACACUGCUGCAGUUCUUUUCUUGUCACUACCCAAGUUUUUCGCUACAAGUGCACAAGCUAUGUUUGGAGCUGGUGGUGAUAGCAAAUAAAUAAUAUUAUUUGUGUUAAUAAAUUGUUUUAUCAGUAUU